AACACGAAGUCGGUCAGUCCACCGUCGAGGUAGCCAUUCAUUCUCGUUCACUACCAACCAACCAACCGCUGUCGACUGAAAUCACCAGCAUAUUCGCCAAUUGGCGGCGUGGCCCUGCCUGCCUUGCCCGCCAUGGUUGAACAAGCAUUCACCAUCACGCCUGUGCGGACGCCGGCUGAGGUCAAGGACGCCAUCACAUUGUUCUAUGCAUAUGCCGACAGCCUUGGGAUCGACCUGGCCUUCCAGAACUUUGAUGCCGAGAUGGCCGGAAUGCCUGGAAAGUACUCUCCGCCGACGGGCGAACUGUUACUCGCUCGAAACAACCAGGGUCUGCCAAUUGGCUGUGUGGGUUUGCGGCCCUUGCCAUCCGCGGUUGCCAAUGAUGCUCGAAUAUGUGAGAUGAAGCGGUUAUAUGUCACGCCGUCGGGGCGAGGCACCGGGGUUGGCAAGGCGCUGGCGUCGGGGAUCAUCGCCGCGGCACGUCGACUGGAUUAUUCUGAGAUCAGGCUGGAUACUUUGCCCAGUAUGCUCGCGGCACUCAGUAUGUACCGAGCAUUUGGUUUCGAGGAAAUUCCCGCCUACUAUGAAACGCCGCUCGAAGGCACUCACUUUCUGGCGCUCCGAUUCAAGACUAAAACAUGA